AUGGCAGCUGAUCUGCCUGUUGCCUAUCAAAUUGAUAGUGCUGAUCCAGAAUGGAUGAAUCCUGGUCACAAUGCCUGGCAAUUGACUGCUUCAACACUUGUGGGAUUACAAUGUGUGGGCAUGAUAAUAUUCUAUGGUAGUUUUGUGAAGAAGAAAUGGGCUGUAAACUCAGCCUUCAUGGCACUGUAUGGAUUUGCAGCAGUGCUUGUUUGUUGGGUAACAUGGGCAUAUAAAAUGUCCUUUGGGAUAAAGCUCUUGCCCUUCUGGGGUAGGGCUGGUAUAACAUUGGAUGUAGAUGAUCUUCUACAACAAGGGCCAUUUUCAACACCAUUUCCAGUGGCAACUAUGGUGUAUUUCCAGUUUGUGUUUGCAGCUAUUACUCCCAUUUUGAUUGCUGGAUCUCUGCUGGGCAGAAUGAAUUUUCACGCAUGGAUGUUGUUUGUGCCUCUGUGGAUUACUUUCUCUUAUACUAUUGGAUGCUUCAGUGUUUGGGGAGGAGGAUUUUUGUUUAAGGCUGGAAUAAUAGAUUUUGCAGGUGGGUAUGUCAUUCACCUGUCCUCCGGAGUGGCGGGCUUCACUGCUGCUUAUUGGGUUGGUCCUAGACUACCAAGGGAUAGAGAAAUCUUUCCACCAAACAACAUUGUCUUAUCAUUGGUAGGAGCAGGUUUGUUAUGGUUGGGUUGGAGUGGAUUCAAUGGAGGAUCUCCCUACCAUGCAAACAUUGUUGCCUCACUUGCUAUACUUAACACCCAUGUAUGUGCAGCUACAAGUCUACUUGUAUGGUUAAGUCUUGACAUGCUAUUUUUUGGAAAGCCUUCCAUAAAUGGUGCAAUUCAAGGAAUGAUCACAGGACUUGUAUGCAUCACCCCAGGAGCAGGCUUGGUACAAGGAUGGGCAGCAAUAAUAAUGGGAAUAAUCUCGGGCAGCGUGCCAUGGUACACAAUGAUGAUUCUUCAAAAACGCUCGAAACUACUUCAGAAAGUAGAUGACACCAUGGGGAUUUUUCACACACACGCUGUGGCAGGCACUCUUGGAGGCAUUUUAUCUGGCCUUUUUGCUCAUCCUCGCUUAAACAAUCUGUUUUUUGGGGAAGGAACUGAAGUAAUAGGAUUCAUUUACAGUGUGAGAAAGGGACGAGUACAUCGUGGACUCAAACAAAUGGGAAUCCAAAUAGGAGGAGCAGUGUUUAUUAUGGUCUUGAAUGUGGUGGUAACAUCCAUUAUAUGCCUUGUUAUACGAGUUGUUGUGCCUCUUAGAAUGUCAGAGGAGGCCCUAACAGUUGGGGACAAUGCAGCCCAUGGAGAACAGGCCUACGCAUUGAUAGGAGAUGGAGAAAAGUAUGAAUCAGUUAGUUUCUCUAAGCAAGAAAAAUCAUUCAUCAGCCACACCAACAAUCAUCACAAUGGUCAUGCACGCACCAAUAACCAGCACAAUGGUCACGCCCACACCAAUAAUCAUCACAUUGCUAAUGUCCACACCAAUAACCAUCACAUUGCUAAUGUCCACACCAAUAACCAUCACAUUGCUCAUGCCCAUACCAAUAACCACCACAUUGCUCCUGCCCACACUAUCAACCAUUACAAUGCCCAUGCACUUACUAACAAUCACCAUGAUAUGGAGAUGAUGCGAUUUUAG